ACGUUAUCAAACUGCAGCUCACUAGGAAGCCCAAAAUCGCACCAUCAUCGCAAGUCACCAGGAAGCCCUAAAUUGCAACUCACCAUCGUCGCACAUCAUCGUUGCUGCAUCCUUCCCAAAAUUGUCGCGACCUCCUCCUUCCCGGCAUCGCUGAGUCUCUCCUCUCCGUGGCAUCGCUGCUUAUCCCCUCUCUGUGGCUUCAGUGCUUCUCCAUUCUCCGCGGUAUCCUUGCGUCUUCUGCUUUGCUGCUUCUCCCCUGUUCUGCUUUGUUGCUUCUGCUUCACUGGGUUGUGCUUCGCUGCUUCUGCUUUGCUGCUACUGCUUCACAGCAUCGGCGGUUUGUGGGUUCUCAUCUGUGAAAUGCUUGUUGAGACUCGCCAAAGCACAAAGGGAAAAUCAUUGGGUGAAGACACACUGGAUGUUAUUGCACAUUUGCAAGUUGAGAAUAAAAAGUCUAAAGAAUCAGCAAUUAGAGCUUUCCAAUCCAUAUUUGGGAAAGAGAAGGCAGGGAGAGUGCGAUGUCACGGAAGAGUUAUCACACCAACUUUGUUGAAGAAAAAUAAAGAAAUUGCCACCCUUAAGCAGCAACAUGCAACUGAGAAAGCAACAUUAGAGAAUAAGGUUGAUGUGAUGCAAAAAGAAGUAGAUGAACUAAAAUCACUUGUUAAGAUGAUGCUGCAACAAAAAAGCUCAGGAGUGGACCUUGACAUGUUAGCUGCUCAAUUAGGAAGCACUUUAGGCAAUCCGAACAAUGAUGCACAUGAAGAGGAAAACUAUGUUGAAGGGAAAAUCGAACUUGAUUAAGGUCAAAUUUUUAAAAGCAAAUGUUACAGAGUAAAAGUCAUGAACUUGUGGACAUGAUGACUAUUUGCUACUUAGCUAUUUCAACUCUCUUUUGUUUAUUAUAUUUUUUGCAAACUUAGAUGAUAUUGUAGAUCUUACAACAAUUUUUAUAAGUUAAA